AUGUAUCGUUCAGUUUCGCGCAGCUUCCAGCCAUCAUCCCGUUCUCGGUCGUUGGUGGACUGGACGGGUGCUGAAUACAACGCUGGCGGCUCGAUCCAAGUCAACGGCUUUGAUAUCAAGGUGCCAAAGAAUCUGAUCGUCCAAUUUCCCACAGUCUUUGCACCAUUCAAGGACCUAUGUGGCGCAGGAGCUGGUGGUUUUGAGACCACUGUUGUCGGCAACAUCGUUGACGGAACCAUUCUCGCCGGCCAGAUUUCGGUCGCCCAAAGAUUUGGCCUUGAAGCCAGUCAAGGAUACAUCACCGCCAUCAACUCAGAUGGCAGUCUGUCAAUCUCCGGAGGCGUCAGAGUGCGUAUCAACGACCCUGACGGCUUAUUUGGACCCAAGGUCGAUACAGCACCGAUGUGGGUGGCUGAUACAGGGAGCCCCAGUGUCGCUUCUUUUUCUGGGUUCCCAAUGUGCAUUCCUUAUCCUGGCAACACCGAUAAAUGCCUGAGCUCGAACCGUGGUACCGGCCAGUCAUUCACCGCCCCAGAUCCUCUUCGUAUGGUCCCACUCAAGGUUGGUGACUAUAUCGAGUAUUCCGGGCUCAAGGCAGGUGCGAAUGAGAUCCUCGCAUCUGACAUCACCUGCAUCAGUCUUCAUAUCACCACCCAGGGCACUGACGCACCGAACUACAUCCGACUGGAAGACAUGUUGAUCGGUGUCCCUGACAGUGCAGCAAAUGUAGAGUUUGCUGACAUCAAAGUUGUCGGCUUUCUCUCCAACUGCGCCAACGCAAUUGUUACAAUCAGCGCAAUCGACGUCGAUCCAUGUACUGGCAAGGAAACCUAUCGUCCCAUUGGUACUGCCACUCCCAAGGCAGAGACGCGCUGCAAAUUUGACACCAAAAUUGCUACGCAAGCUCAAGCGCCUUACACGCGUGAAUAUCGCAUCACAACAAAUACCCCUGUGAAGGAGACGAAGGAUGGCAUUCAAGCUGGUGAAUACAUCAUGGCAGUGAGUGAGUGGAUCUUCCCUGAGGUCGAUGUACCUGGCACGAACCCUCCACCAUUUCCCUUCAAGGACAUUCGCGAUCUCGUUCAGGGAACGGUACUGGAUGGCAAGCAAUACGGACCUCUGUCGCCUUUCCCUGGCGUCGCACCUCCCGCGCCAUCGAAAUCUUGCAAUCCCAGCGACCUUCUAGACCCCAAUGCCAGCGCUUCGGCAUCGGCUUCAGCAACAGCGUCUGCGACCUCGCAACCCACCUCUGAUGCUCAGGUCGUUAGCCCAGUGGCCGCUGUCGCACAAAUUGCUUCCGCCCAACGCGUUGGCACGAGUUUCUUGCUGGUUGGCUCAAACACAGAGACCAAUGUAUCCAGCAGCGAUCUCACUUUCAAAUGGAGUCAGACCUCGCCGUCCUCGCCAUCUGCCAGCAUCACUAACGGCGGCUCUCCCAACGCCACCGUUAGCGCACCUAAGGUUACAACAGAGACCUCGUUCGUCUUCGAACUCCUUGUCAGCUUGAAGUCCAACUCUUCCAUCUCCAGCAAGGCAAACGUCACUGUCAAGAUCAACCCUACGAUGAAUGACACUGUGACCUUGGACACUUACACGUGGGACUCGAAGCAGUCCGGCACAAUCACCGUGGCAUGUACGACUAAUGUCAUCAAUGGUGACAACAAGAAGAUGGAGCUGUGGCUCAACAAUGGAGGAUCGAAGAUCUCGAUGACGCAGAAUGGUGCUGGCAAGUGGUUCUACAGCUCAAACAAGGUCAAUCGACCUACGAACCUGAAAAUGCGUGUCUGA